AUGGCAUCAGCAGCGGCUCUUGCACCUGCAGCGUCGACUAAAGACAUCAAUGGAUCUCAAAGCUAUCGUGAUUACAUGCGCCGCCACGAUACAGCAUCACGGCAACGUGCCGCGGGCGAGUGCGAAACACCAUCCGAGACCGAGGCCUUUCAUUCUGCUGCCAGAUAUCGCUGGAUGCUCCGGAACAAGCCGGAUUCGGCAAUCUUGAUCGGCAGAACCUACGCCCGCUGCCGCGACUACACCAGCCUCGGGCCAUCGCGACCCUCGCCAACUCAUGCCCAUCGUGACGUCACACCAACAAUCUCGCCCUUGCUCAACUACAUGCCCGCGUGGACGAAAUCAUCCUUCAUGGCUGCCGGCUUCCUCGGCAGUUCGAAAUUUCCCCAGUUUGCCUCUGCAGUUUUGGCCGAGUUCAUCGGACAGCAUGCCGCAAUCUCCUCGAGCCCUCACCCCUGCCAUACCUUAUCGCGCACACGGCGCCACGCAACGGGCGUUACGUGGCGGGCGACUUCCGUGGGACCGUCCAAACACGAACAACAAGUGGCCACUGGCCACGUAGGCCGUAAACGUCGUCAGAAAUUUCAAAGAAUGCUUUCCCCCGCCUGA